AUGGAUUCUGAAGCCCUUAAAAAAUACUCAGCAUUACAUCCUAAACCGGCUGGACUUACUCUUCAGUAUGGCACCGCUGGAUUUCGCACCAAGGCCGAACAGCUCGAUCAUGUCAUGUUCCGCAUGGGCUUGCUGGCGGUCCUCAGGUCCAAAGCUGUGGCAGCCACUAUUGGUAUCAUGGUUACGGCAUCUCACAAUCCUGAAGAAGAUAAUGGUGUGAAGCUGGUGGAUCCUCUUGGGGAAAUGCUGCACCCUUCCUGGGAAGAGUAUGCCACGCAACUCGCAAAUGCAGAGGAGAAGGAAUUACAGAAAAUAAUAACUGAGAUCUGCCAAAAAGCAGCAGUGAACCAGCACAAAGAUGCUUCAGUUUUUAUUGGUAGAGACACCAGGCCCAGCAGUGAGAAACUUUCACAGUCAGUAAUAGAUGGGAUCUCUGUUCUAGGUGGUCAGUACCACGAUUAUGGUCUGGUGACAACGCCACAGCUACAUUACUUGGUGUGCUGUCAGAACACACAAGGGCAGUAUGGGAAGGCAACGCUGGAAGGUUAUUACGAAAAACUAUCUGGAGCUUUUACGAAACUGAUAGAACAGUCUCCCAGCUCUGAAGAGAGCCAGAGGCACCUGAAGAUUGACUGUGCCAAUGGAAUAGGAGCGCUGAAACUCUCAGAAAUGAAGCCCUACUUUCCAAAGGAGGUGGUAAUUCACCUGUAUAAUGAUGGGACCAAGGAGAAACUCAAUUACUUAUGUGGUGCAGAUUUUGUGAAAGUUCACCAGAAGCCCCCUAGAGGGCUGGACAUGGAGCCCAACGAGAGGUGCUGCUCGUUUGAUGGUGAUGGAGAUAGAAUUGUUUAUUACUAUAAGGACACAACCGGCCAGUUCCACCUGAUCGAUGGAGAUAAAAUAGCAACCCUAAUUAGUAUCUUCCUUAAAGAACUUCUUGCCAAGGUGGGACAGACCUUGGAGAUGGCAGUGGUACAAACAGCGUACGCCAACGGGAGUUCCACGCGCUACCUUGAGGAAACACUGAAGGUACCCGUGCACUGUGUCAAAACAGGAGUGAAGCACUUGCAUCACAAGGCCCAGGAGUUUGAUGUUGGUGUUUAUUUUGAGGCAAACGGACAUGGUACAGUAUUAUUUAGUAAAGCUGCUGAAACGAAAAUAAGACAACUGGCAAAAGAGGAGAAGGAUGAUGAAAAAAGAGAAGCUGCAAAGGUGCUUGAGAACAUGAUUGAUCUGAUUAAUCAGACGGUUGGCGAUGCCAUCUCGGACAUGCUGGUCAUUGAAGCGAUCCUGGCUUUGAAGGGCCUGACUGUGCAGCAGUGGGACACCGUCUACACCGACCUUCCCAAUCGGCUGCUCAAAGUUCAGGUUGCAGACAGGAGAGUCAUUGACACAACGGAUGCAGAGAGGCGUGCGGUUACACCUUCGGGGCUCCAGGAGAAAAUUGAUGUGCUUGUGCAGAAGUACAAAUCGUCUCGAGCGUUUGUCCGCCCCUCAGGAACAGAAGACGUAGUCAGAAUAUACGCUGAAGCAGACACGCAGGAGAACACGGAUGCCCUCGCCCAUGAAGUGAGCCUGGCCGUUUACCACCUCGCUGGGGGAAGAGGAGCGCCACCCCAGCCUAUAUAA